AUGGAUCUCCGCAAGCGACCGACCUUCAGCUCCAAGCUCGCGCUCCCCACCCGCCUCAAGCACCACCACCACUCCCCCACCACGACCGGCGCCGCCUCGCAGCCGCGCACCACCGCACCGCUCCACAGCAGAAGCAGCCACGGCAGCCUCCGGCGCGCAAUGGCAGAGCAAGCAAAAGGCCUGGUCCUGAGGGCCAAUGUCAUCCAGGGCCGCGACCUCGCGGCAAAGGACCGCAGCGGCACCUCUGACCCGUACCUCGUCCUCUCGUGCGGCGACGCCAAGCAGGCCACGCCCACCAUCAACAAGUCGCUGAACCCGGAAUGGAACACGGUGCUCGAGCUGCCCGUCGUGGGCGAGCAGAGCCUGCUGCUCGAGGUCGUCUGCUGGGACAAGGACCGCUUCGGCAAGGACUACAUGGGCGAGUUCGACGUCAUCCUCGAGGACCUCUUCCAGACGGCCCACCCCUCGCUGGAGCCGCGCUGGUUCCCGCUCGAGUCGAAGCGCUCGGGCAAGAAGAAGUCGGUCGUCACGGGCGAGAUCCAGAUCCAGUUCUCGCUCGUCGACACGAGCAGCCCGUCGGCCACGCCCGAGCAGGUCGUGUCCAAGUUCCUCGCCAUCGCCGGCCAGACGUCCAGCCCCGACGAGGACGAGGAGGGCUACCUGAUGCGCGGCGACAGCAACCUCACCGACCUCGACGAGGAGGACAGCUCCGACGAGGCCCAGGACGAAUCGAAGCGCGCGGAGAAGCGGGAGCGCCGCCGCAAGAAGCUGCGCCUGGCCAAGAUGAAGAAAAAGGCCAAGCAGCUGAGCGCCUACGAGUACUCGGACAAGGGCGACGUGGCCGGCGUCCUGUUCCUCGAGAUCCAGAAGGUCACGGAUCUGCCGCCCGAGCGCAACAUGACGAGGACCUCGUUCGACAUGGAUCCCUUCGUCGUCACCUCUCUCGGCAAGAAGACGUACCGCACCAAGACCGUCAACCACAACCUCAACCCCGUCUUCGAAGAGAAGCUCGUCUUCCAGGUCAUGCGCCACGAAGUCAACUACUCCGUCAGCUUCACCGUCAUCGACAAGGACAAGUUCUCCGGAAACGACUAUGUCGGCACAGUCAAUUUCCCCCUCGAAAAGGCUGUGUCUGUCGCGCCACAGGCAGACCCAGACACGGGCAUCUACAGACUCCCCGAGCCUUCCGACUCGCCGGGCAUUAAUGAGCAGGAUACUAAGAAAUCUCGCUUUCGUCUUCCCAUAUCCCGUUCGUCGUCCUCCCACAGUCUGUCGCGACUAGGUCGGCCGUCGUUGAAAAAAGAGACCUCGUCGGGCUCGCUGUCUGCCAGAGAAUCUACUACAUCUCUGUCUCUUCCGCCGACGAGCGCUCCCCAGCCCAUGACGGACCCGCAAGGCAAUCUCACCCCGGCCGUCAACAUCAACCCAUCAGCAGUCGACGACGAGGAUUUGAAAAUGUACACUCUCCCGUUGGAGAUGAAGAACAAGGACAGGUGGGAGGACAAACACAACCCGACGCUCUACAUUCGGGCCAAAUACCUUCCAUACAGGGCUCUGCGACAACAGUUCUGGAGAGCCAUGCUCAAGCAGUACGAUGCCGACGACAGUGGGUUGAUUGACAAGGUGGAGCUGACCACUAUGCUGGAUACGCUGGGUUCCACCCUCCAUGAAGCGACCAUCGACAGCUUUUUCGAGCGAUUUGCUGCCGACCACAAUGGCGACGAGCUGCUCACUUUUGACGAAACAGUCAUAUGUCUUGAGGACCAACUGCAGAUUACCGAGGGGCAUCAAACAGCGAGAGGCAUCAGCACUCCUUCGUCGGAGACCGGGUCCCUCAUGUCGAUCAACAAAAACGCAUCUACCAGUUCGAUCCCGGCGUUGGAGACCAACACAUUGGGCCGAGGGGGCGAGGAAGGCGAAGCCCUCCAAGGCGAUGAUCUUGCCGAUGACAAAGGCGAAGAGCAUGUCAUUGAGAUUCGCGAGUGCCCCAUCUGUCACCAGCCCAAGCUGAACAAGAGAUCGGACGCCAACAUCAUCACCCACAUUGCGACUUGCGCCAGCCAGGACUGGAGGCAGGUCAACAACAUCGUUAUGGCUGGGUUCGUUACCUCGAGUCAGGCUCAGCGGAAGUGGUACUCCAAGGUCAUCACUAAGAUCUCGUACGGUGGGUAUAAGUUGGGUGCCAACUCUGCCAAUAUUCUCGUGCAGGACCGCAUCACUGGUCAGAUUAACGAGGAGCGUAUGAGCGUGUAUGUUCGACUGGGUAUUAGGCUGCUGUACAAGGGUCUUAAGAGUAACAAUAUGGAGAAGAAGCGGAUUCGCAAGCUGUUGAAGUCUCUCAGCUUCAAGCAGGGGAAGAAGUACGACGAUCCUGCUUCGGCUGCGGAGAUUGCAGGCUUCGUCGCUUUCCACCAACUCGACAUGACCGAAGUGCUGCUAUCGACUGAGCAAUUCAAAAACUUCAACGAAUUCUUCUACAGAGCCCUGAAGCCAGAUGCGCGCCCAUGUUCCGCGCCCGAGGACCCCAGAGUCAUCGUCUCCCCCGCCGACUGUCGAUCUGUUGUCUUCAACACACUAGACGCCGCCCAAGCCAUCUGGGUCAAGGGCCGCGAGUUUACCGUCGAACGCUUGCUAGGCGACGCAUACCCCCAGGACGCACAGCGCUACCAUGGCGGUUCGCUGGGCAUCUUCCGACUCGCACCCCAGGACUACCACCGCUUCCACAUCCCAGUCGACGGUAUACUUGACGAGCCCAAGACGAUCGACGGCGAGUACUACACAGUCAACCCAAUGGCCAUCCGCUCGGCCCUCGACGUCUACGGCGAAAACAUCCGCGUCGUCUGUCCCAUCGACUCUGUAGCCCACGGUCGCGUCAUGGUGAUCUGCAUCGGCGCGAUGAUGGUCGGAAGCACAGUCAUCACGCGCAACAAGGGCGACCGUGUGGGCCGCGCAGAAGAGUUGGGCUACUUCAAAUUCGGCGGCAGCACUUUGCUGCUCCUAUUCGAACCCGGCGUGAUGAAGUACGACGACGAUUUAGUUGAUAACUCGCGCUCCGCGUUGGAGACUCUGGUCCGAGUCGGCAUGUCCAUUGGCCAUAGUCCUAAUCGCGCCCCGCACGCGCCUGAUAUGCGUAAAUCUGAUCCCACGAUGGAGGAGAAACAGGAUGCUAAGCGGCGUAUUGAGGGUAGUUUGGCGCCUGAGGGUGUUAUGGGGCCGGUGCCUGGGGCGGGCAUGUAG